AUGGCACAACCUCCGUCGAGUAAAGACUCUCCACCAAGAUUUCCUUAUGAUCAUGUUCAUCUCGACGGAAGAACCCUCGAAGGUGGUGGUCAGCUCAUGCGAAAUGCGCUGGCUCUUUCAGCUUUGACCGGUCGCGCUGUGACAGUCGACCAUGUUCGCGGAAAUCGCAAGGGCAAGACAGGGCUGAGGCCAUCUCACAGAGCCGCAGUCAAGCUCCUGGCAAAGAUCAGUGGUAGCAUAUCUGACGGCGAUCAAGUCGGCUCGCAGUCUGUGACCUUCUGCCCGUCAACUCCUGAAGAUACUUCUUGCCGGAACAAUGAGACCAUUCUCAUUUCCCUCAAAAACGUUGCGAUACAACCCGAAUACAACAUCAAUUUGUCAAGUCCGGGCUCGGUAUUUCUCAUCUUCCAAGCCUUAUACCCGUAUUUACUAUACGUGGGAUCCCGGGCAGGAUCAGAAUGUAUCAGGUUGACCAUACAAGGAGGUACCAAUGGUACCGACUCACCUUCAUAUGACUACGCUACUCAAGUCAUGGGGCCUAACUUUGCUAGACUGGGUCUUCCUCCUCUUUCUAUGACCCUGAACAAGCGUGGAUGGUCAGUAGGAAGGAUAGAAAUAGGCUCAGUUACCUUCUACAUCCAUCCUCUUGCGUCAGCAGGAACUGAAUCGAACGUGGAAAACCUGAAUCUAUUUAAGCAGAGUGUGAUGACAAAAGCAGAAUCAAUGGUCCUAGGAGCUUGUUUCCCACAGAUUAACCUCUUGGAUCACGAGCGCGGAAAGAUUAAUUGCAUCGAUGUGACUAUUCUCGCACCGGAUACGGGAUUCGCACAGGAACGAACAUCGGGGGCAUCGACGAUCCGCACUUUUGUCGAACGACAGACUCGUCGAGCCCUACGUAAAGCACUUCAGGCUUUGGACCCAAAGAUCUUUGAGUCACCAUCCGACUCACUAUCGGACGACUGCCCAGAGCAAGAUACCCGCAUACCAAUCCAGGUGCAUACAUCCGAGCCGACAUCCACCACCAGUCGGUUGUACAUCCUCCUAGUGGCCCACACAUCUACGGGUUUCAGAAUUGGUCACGACAUUCUCCUCGGGAAAGACAUCAGUCCCAAGAAGGGAAAGAAGGGUCAAAAGUCGCAUGCCAAGGGUGGUCGGGAUAAGACUGAUGUGGAAACCGUCGCUGAUCUGAUUGACGAGUGUGUACACGGGUUCAUGCAAGAACUCGCAGACCAGCCUGUACCGGAUAGCAACCCUAAAUCUGAGUCAGUGUCUAAAAUGAGAUCAUGCCUGGACCAGCAUAUGCGAGACCAAGUCGUGGUAUUCGAGGCCCUUGGUAAGCUGCACAAAAAUAAGACUGAGACAGGGUCUCAGGUCCAGGAGGAUGAGCGAUACUGGAGUCUUCACACACAGACUGCCAAAUGGGUGUGCUCUAAAAUGCUAGAAAGUGAUCACAUCGGAUAG